AGAAAAACCAAAGACAAAAUCUAGAAGCGUCCCGUCUCGAACUUUCUAGGGUUGAUUAUCUUCCUCCCCUGCCAAAACCCAUCACUCAACAGUCAACACUAUCCACACUCCGAUUCUUCAUUUCUUGCAAUAAUCCCAGGUCCGAUAAGAAUGGCGUCAAUUCAGUUAACCGCCUCCGCCAUUUCGGCAAAGGGGUUUGUUUCCUUUGAUGGGAGUCUUCGGAACACCGGAAAGAUCGCAUCUUUCGCUCCUUUCUCGAAGAGCUCAAGUAGCUCCUUCCGGCCUCUCGUCGUCAGGGCCGCCACCGCCGUUGCUCCUAAGUACACUUCACUCAAGCCACUGGCUGAUAGAGUGUUGGUGAAGAUAAAGACAGCUGAGGAGAAGACGGUGGGAGGCAUACUGCUUCCAUCUUCAGCACAAUCAAAACCCCAAGGUGGUGAAGUUGUUGCGGUCGGAGAGGGCCGAACAAUCGGGAAGACCAAAGUUGACAUUAGUUUGAAGACUGGAACUAAGGUUGUGUAUUCAAAAUAUGCCGGGACGGAGGUGGAGUUCAAUGGAGCUAAUCAUCUCAUUCUGAAAGAGGAUGACAUUGUUGGCAUUCUUGAUACUGAUGAAAUCAGUGACAUGAAACCUCUCAAUGACAGGGUUCUAAUAAAGGUUGCUGAGGCAGAGCAAAAAACUGCAGGAGGAUUGCUUCUCACAGAGGCUAGCAAAGAGAAACCUUCCAUUGGAACUGUUGUAGCUGUUGGUCCUGGACCUCUUGAUGAAGAAGGGAAGAGGAAAGCAUUAUCAGUCAAUCCUGGAAACACUGUACUCUAUUCCAAGUAUGCCGGCAAUGAGUUUAAAGCCAGCGACGGUUCUGAUUACAUUGCGUUAAGGGCAUCUGAUAUCAUGGCUGUCCUCUCUUAGUUGCCUGAAAUUUUCUUAGUGACUUCUCCUCUGUCUUGGCCUAGAUAAUGCCAAUCUUCAUGCUUGAGAGUAAAAUGUUAUUACCCAUAGUUGGUUGAAGCACUGCAGUGUAAACAAAGAUUGAUCUUUUAAGCAACUCUCUACUCAUAUUAUGGGAAUUCCAUUGGUUUUAUUGUGUUGUCUUGAAGCUAGUCCAGAAGUUUUCAAGUAUUUAACCUUCUGUUACCUGAGUUUUUCUUUG